AUGUCCAACCUCCCGUUUCCCCGUACGCGCCCACCCUCGGCACUGGCUCCAAUUGAAGAACACCCAGGCCAAUCCCUCGACUUCGCAAUCCACGACCUCCGGACCGAUAUCCUCACGCGCCUCGACCUGUUACGCCCUCAGCUCGAAGCCAUCGAAGAGAAAUACAACGAAAUCUUCGAGAGAAGUGCCGACCUCCGGGCGUACGUCUUCCAGCCUGCGAAAAUGUUCGGGCGUCUCCAGAUCAUCCUGCGACGGAAGGUUAUUGUGGAGCCGGAGGAGUGGAGAACGGUGUUGAUCCUGAGGGCGAAUGUGACAAAUAUGUUGGAGGAGCUGAGGAAUGCGAAAGAACUCCUGAGGACCGAGAUUGACCACUUAUUGUGGUCUUUGCCGAGGCAGGCGGAUGUGGAGGGGCCGGGAUAUUUGAAGCCGUUAAGUGUGGCGGUGGUGUCUCUUGGUGCGGAAUCAAACAUAUCUGUGUUAACCCUGGACCCGUUGGCGAGCACCGGAGGGGGGUGGAUUUAA